GAAAUAAAGAAAACUUUUCAGUUUUCAUUUCCUCUUUCUCUCCAACAACCUCUCCAGCUGAAAUCACGAUUCGAGAUCUACGGUUCAAUCUCCCGGAUCCGAAUUCGACAAAUCUGCCAUUUCAGCAGGGUUUGUAAAACCCUAAUAUAUAUAACUCGCUACUCAAUUUUGGCUUCGUCUAUAACUCUUCGUUGCAGCCUCUCUUUCUAAGAUCUUGAUUUGCUUCUCUUUGUUCUUAAAGCCAAUUCAAAGAGUCAAUAUGUCAGGAGAUGAAGCUGUUGCUCCAGUUGUUCCUCCGGUUGCUGAGGCAGCUGCGAUCCCAGAGGACAUGGAUUUGAUGACUGCAUUGCAGUUGACAAUCAGGAAAUCUCGUGCUUAUGGUGGUGCUGUUCGUGGUCUCCAUGAAAGUGCUAAGCUUAUUGAGAAGCGUGUUGCUCAGCUCUGUGUGUUGGCUGAGGACUGCAACCAGCCCGAUUAUGUCAAGCUUGUUAAAGCUCUUUGUGCUGACCACAGCAUCAACUUGCUUACAGUUCCAAGUGCCAAAACCCUCGGUGAAUGGGCUGGUCUUUGCAAGAUUGAUUCAGAGGGAAAUGCUAGGAAGGUUGUUGGAUGCUCAUGUCUUGUAAUCAAGGAUUACGGUGAGGAGACAACUGCCCUAAACAUCGUCAAGAAGCAUAUUGAAUCUAACUAAAUCAAGCAAAGGUCCUCCUUCGCAUUUCCCGCGCUGCAAUAUGCCUCAACCGAGACCGAUAUCUCAGUAAGCAGUACAAACAAACACGAAUAUGAAUUCAACUGCUCCUCCUCAAGGCUCAACAACAAGAGUUGUAUGUUUUUUUUUUUUUAACAUUUUAUUUACAAUUUUUU